UGGCCCCAGGAGAUCCUGGCCAAGUACACACAGAAGGAAGAGUCUGCAGAGCAACCGGAGUUCUGCUAUGAUGAGUUUGGUUUCCGUGUGGACAAGGAAGGUUCUGAGCCCGGAUGCAGCCAGAUGGCAGGUGCACCCCUGGUGGAGGACCCCCCUCAGAGGCUGCGGUGGCAGGCCCACCUGGAGUUCACCCACAACCAUGACGUGGGGGAUCUCACCUGGGACAAGAUUGCAGUCUCCCUCCCCCGCUCUGAGAAACUCCGCUCCCUAGUGCUGGCCGGCAUCCCACACGGCAUGAGGCCACAGCUGUGGAUGCGGCUCUCUGGGGCGCUGCAGAAGAAGACGAACUCAGAGCUGUCCUACCGUGAGAUUGUAAAGAACAGCUCCAAUGAUGAGACCGUCGCUGCCAAGCAGAUUGAGAAGGACCUGCUCCGCACCAUGCCCAGCAAUGCCUGCUUUGCCAACGUGAACAGCAUCGGGGUGCCCCGUCUGCGCAGAGUCCUCCGAGCACUGGCCUGGCUCUACCCAGAGAUUGGCUACUGCCAGGGCACAGGCAUGGUGGCUGCCUGCCUCCUGCUCUUCCUGGAGGAGGAGGAUGCCUUCUGGAUGAUGUGUGCCAUUAUCGAGGACCUGCUGCCUGCUUCCUACUUCAGCACGACCCUGCUGGGUGUCCAGACUGACCAGCGGGUCCUGCGCCAUCUGAUCGUUCAGUACCUGCCUCGCUUGGACAAACUGUUGCAGGAACAUGACAUUGAGCUGUCCCUGAUCACACUGCACUGGUUCCUGACGGCCUUCGCCAGCGUGGUGCACAUCAGACUGCUGCUGCGCAUCUGGGACCUGUUUUUCUACGAGGGCUCCCUGGUGUUGUUCCAGACGACCCUGGGCAUGCUGCGCCUCAAGGAGGAAGAGCUGAUACAGUCAGAGAACUCGGCCUCCAUCUUCAACACGCUGUCAGACAUCCCAGCGCAGAUGGAAGAUGCGGAGCUGCUGCUGGGGGAGGCCAUGCGGCUGGCUGGCUCCCUCACCGAUGUGGCUGUGGAGACCCAGCGCCGCAAGCACCUGGCCUACCUCAUCGCAGACCAAGGCCAGACCAUGGGCACGAGUGCCACCACCAACCUCUCUCAGGUUGUGCGGCGUAGGACUCAGCGGAGGAAGUCCGGCAUCACCUCCCUGCUCUUCGGGGAGGACGACCUGGAGGCUCUCAAGGCCAAGAACAUCAAGCAGACAGAGCUGGUCGCUGACCUCCGUGAAGCCAUUUUGCGUGUGGCGCGCCACUUCCAGUGCACAGACCCCAAGAACUGUAGUGUGGAGCUGACCCCGGACUACAGCAUGGAGAGCCACCAGCGGGACCACGAGAACUAUGUGGCAUGCUUACGUAGCCACCGGCGCCGGGCCAAGGCUCUGCUGGACUUUGAGCGGCAUGAUGAUGAUGAGCUGGGCUUCCGGAAGAAUGACAUCAUCACGAUUAUUUCUCAGAAGGAUGAGCACUGCUGGGUGGGUGAGCUGAACGGCCUGAGAGGCUGGUUUCCAGCCAAGUUUGUGGAGGUCCUGGAUGAACGGAGCAAAGAGUACUCCAUCGCGGGGGACGACUCUGUGACAGAAGGAGUCACAGACCUCGUGCGAGGGACCCUCUGCCCAGCCCUCAAGGCCCUAUUUGAACAUGGACUGAAGAAGCCAUCCUUGCUUGGAGGGGCCUGCCAUCCCUGGCUGUUUAUUGAGGAGGCCGCGGGCCGGGAAGUCGAGAGAGACUUUGACUCUGUGUACUCCCGCUUGGUGCUCUGCAAGACUUACAGGUUGGAUGAAGACGGCAAAGUCCUGACCCCCGAGGAGUUGCUGUACCGGGCUGUGCAGUCUGUGAAUGUGACCCACGAUGCGGCACACGCACAAAUGGACGUCAAACUCCGCUCCCUUAUCUGUGUGGGGCUCAAUGAACAGGUCCUGCACCUGUGGCUGGAGGUCCUCUGCUCCAGCCUGCCCACCGUGGAGAAGUGGUACCAGCCCUGGUCCUUCCUGCGCAGCCCUGGCUGGGUCCAGAUCAAGUGUGAGCUCCGUGUCCUCUGCUGCUUUGCCUUCAGCCUCUCCCAGGACUGGGAGCUUCCUGCUAAGAGAGAGGGUGGUCCCUGCCGGUGACUGGGGCUGUUCUGUGCACAGGAGGAGAAGCAGCCACUGAAGGAGGGUGUUCAGGACAUGCUGGUGAAGCACCACCUUUUCAGCUGGGACAUAGAUGGAUGACACUCCUUCUAGCUGCUCGGUGGCUCCCAGGCCCACCCCAGUCAUGGGCGGCCUGGCAGGCCCCUCCCUUCAAUAGAAAGAGAGCAGAGCCCUGGCCAGCCUCAGGCCUCCCUCCCCAAGGUAGGAGGUUCAGGGAAGGAAACGCUCCAGAGCCUGUCCGGGCCUCCCCACCCCAUGCUCGCAGUUGGCAAAAGCAGAUCCUGGUGGCCAGCUCAGCCUCUCUCCUCAAUGUGUUCCUGGGGAGUGUCUUUCCAAGGUCCUUAAGGAAGCCCUGGUUUAUUAACCAAAAACCCUGUGAAGAAGUGAAGAGCCACACCUAAUGCCGGUCCCUGCUCAGGCCUCUUGACUUUGAUUGUAAAUAAAACUCAUUUUGUGAUA